GUAAACAGUGACAGGGUGAGCAGCGGUAAGGGAACUGACGAACCUUCUACUGAGGGGAAAUAAGUGUGUAGUAUACUUUUAUUAUAGUCUAUCAAGUUUAGUUCAUCGCGCUACGUAAAGUGUACUGGAGUGCCAGGGUCGGCAUCGAAUUUGCAUGAACUGGUGACUCGUGCUGGAAAAAGAAGAUAGUUGCAAUACAUUUUUUACCUCCAUCUUACUCUCCCGCCGGCAUUAUGGAUACAGCCUGCAUAGCGUCGGAGUUGCAACUUCGGCAGAGGGGAAAAGGCGAGAGCAAUGGGUCAGCCAGACUUGUCAGCGAGGAGAGUUCUACAGGCUGCCCAAAGAUGAACGGAGUGAAAUCGUCAGUCUCUGUCGAUCAACACAGCUAUCACGUCAGGAAUAGAAGUAUUACUGAGGACCAUCAGGAAGAAGUAGCUUCACCAGGAGACAUAAAUCGAGGUAUUCCGUCAAACACCACAGUGCCCAUGUCCCCGAGGAUGCGAGAGUUGCUGGAAGGCUUGAACGAGCCCGGCGACUGUGGCAACCCCAUAGAGCCUCCUUCCUGGUUGGACAGACAGCUCUUCAACCGAGGGAGGGACUUCUACUACCGUUAUUUAUUCUGCAUGAGUUUCUCCGAAGUGCUGGCUCUCGUGUUCAUGUUCAGCAUGAUGCGAGCGCUUCGACCCCUCAUGUACACCGGCCGCUCGGACUCCCCGCGCAAGGCUCUGCGGCGAUACUUCUCAACCUUCCAGCACGUGACUGCCUGGCACGAGGGGGACGUCUGGGACGCCACCGACCGCGCCCACAAGGACCUGCUGUCGGUGCGAGCCAUACACAACAGGCUGUCUGGCGUCUUCAACUCUUCAGCAGAGCACGACAAAGUGUGGAACACAAGCAUCCACGACAAGGGCCACCAAGAGCCUGCCUGCCCCUUCUACCACACCAUCCGCGAGGACCUCAAGGACCAGGCCGGGGAAGGGCUCUCGCUCGAGGAUCCAGACAACCCCCCCUUCUUCAUCAGCCAGUGGGACAUGAGUCUGACGCAGUACCAGUUCAUGGGCUUGGUGGUGGCCCACCCGCACAAGAUGGGUGCCGGAGCAGCCACGGACGAGGAACUGGAGGGCCUCGUCCACUUCUGGCGAGGACUGGGCUGGCUUCUCGGCAUAGAUGACAAAUACAACUUCUGCCGAGGCUCCUUGGCCGAAGUGCGCUCGCUGUGCCUGGAGGUUGAGAGGCUGGUUGGCAUCCCGGCGCUGGCGAAGGUGGACUGGAAUUACGAGCACAUGACCCUCUCCCUCGUCACGGGGUUGAGCCACCUCAUGCACACACUCUCGUUCGAAGCUGGCUUUCGUUACGUGGCAUAUACUCUCGACCUCGACAUUCCAAACUUCAUCAGUCGCAUGUCCAUUCAGAGCACCAUCAAGUACUGGCUUAUGCGCUUUGCCAUCGGCCUCCUGUAUUACUUUCCGGGGCUGGUCGUCCGGCUCAGUCGAAUGCUGAGAGUGGUGACUGUUGCCUUUAAGAAACGCUACGCCAAUGGCAUGAACGAGCAAGGGGGCAGCAAAAUGGGUGAACUUUAUCCAGUAACAUCUCCUUUCCCUUACUGACAUGAUGUGACUUCACAGGGAUUAUUUUUUCUAGUCAAAGGUCUUUCCAUUCAUCAGUAUUCGUUCGUGAUUUAAUAUCUUUGAAACGGCGUAGAUCUUUAAUCUGAAACCACUUAAUCUCACAAUCUGAUUCUGAGGAACAGGGUGCUCAUGUUUCCUACUGGAUAUUGAUCGAAUUAUGUACACUUUAAGUCAUUUCAUGAAUGCGCUGUAUAAUAUCAUGAUGUAUUUUCUGUAUAAUAUGCACAUAAGUAAUGAUAAAAGUCAUAUAA